AUGAAGUUUCUCGAUUGGUACUUGAAGAUAGCAGCCGCUUCAGCCUUGAUUGGAGGUUCCAUGGAGCUAUUCAUCGUCAAAACUGGCUUCUACGAUAAAGUGACAGUUUUGGAAUCAGAGAAGAGGGCUUGGGAGAAUUCGCCUGAAGCUCAAGCAAUGAGAGACGCGCUCAAUCCUUGGCGAGAAUAUGAUAACCGAGAAAGAAAAAGUUCUUAG